UCACCUGGCGUUGCCAGGUGCCGACCCCGCCGGCUGCUUCUGCGGCCCUCCUUCCUCUUCCUCCUCUCCAGAGCCCCCACCAGGCGUCCCCACUUGCCCUGACGCGCGCUCCCACGCUCACGCACCCUCCCGAGAUCUUAUCUGUCUCACAACAUCCCAGAGAGGUGAGAGGCUGAGCUGGAGGUGGUGGCGGGGCUCAGGAUGGAAAGGAACCAGGGACAGACCUAAUCCACUUAGAAAGACCAUCUGGACUGAGAAGUAACCUCUGGAGGAGGCCGGGCAAUGGGGUUAAGUGACUUGCCCGGGGUCACACAGCAAGUAUAGAAAACAAGCACCCUUUUUUCCAUGUGUUACAUGUUCCACCAGACCUUCUGAAACUUGACUGAAGAAAAAAAAAAUGUUUGUUUCUCUGGAUAAUCACACCUUUCAGCUCCAGUCAUAUCCUGAGCACCCAUCUCUAGAUCCCAGCUGCAUGGUACUCUUAGUUAUACUUGUGAAAACAUUCCUCAACAUCCUGAUGAUAGCCAUUGGAAGAAAGGACACCCACCAAAGUUUUCUGGAAUAUUUUUGCAUGUCAGUAGCGCUCAUUGACUUCUUUCUUCUGGUGGGCCUCUCUUUCAUAGCCUAUUUCCAGGACUUUGCCCUUUGGGGCAUCAGGUUUACAAAAUACCACAUCUGUCUGUUACCUCAAAUUAUGUCCUUUGCCUAUGGCUUCCUGCACUGCCCAGUUUUUCUUCUAGCCGGUCUGGAUCACUACCUGAACAUCUCUCAGACGUCCAAGGUCUCACGCUUCUGUCAAAACGUCUUUUAUUUCUUUUCCAUCAUUUUCAUUUGGAUCGCAGCCCUUGUGUAUGUUUUGGGAGACGCUGUCGUCUACGUAAGCUUGAGCAAACACAGUCUCUCUUCCUACCAGUGCCCGUUCUACGUUAGCAUUCAGAGCUACUGGCUGUCGGUUUUCAUGGUGGGGGUCCUCCUGGUGGUUUUUGGGACUUGUUGGUCUGAAGUCCUGAUGCUGAUUCAGACCCUUCACAUCACCUCCUAUAUGAAUGAGACUGCCCUGUACUUUCCCCUUGCACCAGACUGGGAUCACACGGUCAUCUGUAAAAAGCAGCUCUUGACCAAGCUUCUGAUCUGUUUUCUUGGAACGUGGUUCCCAUUUGUUUUCCUUCAGAUAAUCAUUCUGUUUCUGGACAUACGAAUUCCGGCCUAUGUGGAGAUGAACGUCCCCUGGUUGUAUUUUGUUAACAGUUUUCUCAUUGCCGCGGUUUACUGGUUUAGGAGUCAUGAGCUUAAGGUAACAGAAACUAUUUUACACGUGGACCCAUUUGUCAGCUGGAAAUUCUGCUUUAUUCCAUUUACAAUUCAUCAUACGGAGCAAACGGAAAAAGCUGCAGCAGUAAUAGUCUGUUAAUUUGUUGCUGUGUUGGGUAAUGAAAGCCCAGAGCUCAUUUCAUUGUGUGAUCAUCUUUGUAAAUGGAGCAGACGAGGAAAUGUGAGGGUGGCCAUCCAAGGACUGGCCACGAGCUGAAAUGCAUGGAUAGGAUUUGGAUCCUGAAAAUGUAAAGAGAUUUCAGUCCCCCACAAUUCUAGUUAAGUCAGUAACCUUUUUAGAAUUUGCUAAACAAGAAAUAUUCUUUACACAUUUCUUUAAAAGUUCACCACUACCUUGGUUUUAUUCCGGGAAGUUUUGUACUUCAGAUGGAAAUCUGUUUCAGAGCUCAAAAAUAGAGGUAAUUUGAUUGGAGAGUUUGACUGACUGUAUUAAUGUCUGUAUUAUCCAGGAACCAAAUCCUUGUAUAAAUCACAGACUUAUUGACAACUUCGCAGGUCUUCAUUAAACAUUUUUAAAAAGAU